AUGGCGACCACGUCCAACAUGUUUCUGUACUCGCUGACGAUUCAGCCUCCGUCCACCGUCACGCAGGCCAUCGUCGGUCAGUUCUCGGGAACCAAGGAGCAGCAGAUCAUCACGGCUUGCGGCACGCGUCUAUCGCUCCUGAAGCCUGACCCCAGCCAGGGAAAGGUCAUCACGAUCCUCGCACACGACGUAUUUGGGAUCAUCAGGUCUAUCGCCGCCUUCCGUCUCGCGGGCAGCAAUAAAGACUACAUCAUCCUAGCAACAGAUUCGGGCAGAAUCGCCAUUGUCGAGUAUCUUCCCGCCAAGAAUCGCUUCUCACGCAUCCAUCUCGAGACUUUUGGGAAAUCGGGCAUCCGUCGAGUCAUUCCAGGCCAGUUUCUGGCAGCCGAUCCCAAGGGCAGAGCGUGCCUGAUAGCAUCGGUGGAGAAGAACAAGCUCGUCUACGUCCUGAACCGGAACUCGCAAGCUGAGCUUACGAUCUCGUCUCCUUUGGAGGCGCACAAGCCUGGGGUGCUGGUCUUCUCCCUUGUCGCUCUCGAUGUGGGUUACGCGAACCCGGUCUUCGCAGCCUUGGAGACUGAAUAUACCGAAGCCGACCAGGAUUCAAGCGGUCAGGCCGCAAAGGAAGCAGAGACACAGCUUGUCUACUACGAGCUUGACUUGGGACUGAAUCACGUGGUCCGGAAGUGGUCGGAACCUGUCGAUCCAUCAUCGAUAUUGUUGUUUCAGGUUCCUGGAGGCAAUGAUGGACCCUCUGGCGUUCUUGUAUGUGGAGAGGAGAACGUCACAUACAGGCAUUCCAACCAAGAGGCCUUCCGAGUGCCCAUACCGCGGCGAAGAGGUGCGACCGAAGACCCUCAGCGCAAGCGCUGCAUCGUCGCAGGUGUCAUGCACAAGCUGAAAAACAGCGCGGGCCUCUUCUUCUUUCUUCUUCAGACCGAAGACGGCGAUUUGUUCAAGCUCUCCAUCGACAUGUUGGAAGACGCGGAUGGCAAUCCUACCGGUGAAGUCGAGCGGCUCAAAAUUAAGUACUUUGAUACCGUCCCGGUUGCGUCCAGUCUGUGCAUUCUCAAGAGUGGAUUCCUUUACGUCGCGAGCGAGUUUGGAAACCAUCACUUCUACCAGUUCGAGAAGCUAGGCGAUGAUGACGACGAGCUUGAAUUCAGCAGCGACAACUUCCCAACAGACCCACAGGCAUCAUAUGAACCGGUGUACUUCCAUCCCAGACCAAACGAGAACCUGGCUCUGGUGGAAAGUAUCGAUUCGAUGAACCCUCUUACCGACUGCAAAGUCGCAAAUCUUACUGAAGAGGACGCGCCGCAAAUUUAUUCGGUGUGCGGCAACGGGGCGCGCAGCACGUUCCGAACCUUGAAGCACGGUUUGGAAGUCAACGAGAUCGUGGCCUCGGAACUACCUGGGAACCCGUCCGCCGUCUGGACCACGAAACUUCGGAGCGAUGAUGAGUACGAUGCAUACAUCGUCUUGUCGUCUACGAACAGCACACUCGUUCUCAGCAUCGGCGAGACGGUGGAACAAGUCAGCGAUACGGGGUUUUUGGACUCCGUGACAACGCUCGCAGUCCAACAACUUGGCGACGAUGGUCUGAUACAAGUUCACCCGAAAGGAAUUCGGCACAUUCGCCACGGCCGGGUCAACGAAUGGGGUGCCCCUCAACAUAGGUCAAUCGUCGCUGCGGCAACAAACGCGAGGCAGGUCGCCAUUGCUCUCAGCUCUGGCGAAAUUGUUUACUUCGAGAUGGACGAAGAUGGCUCCCUCGCCGAGUAUGAUGAAAAGAAGGAGAUGUUUGGCACGGUGACAUGCUUGAGUCUGGGCGAAGUUCCAGAAGGCCGGCAGAGAAGUUCCUUCUUGGCUGUUGGAUGCGAUGACCGGACCGUCCGCGUUCUGAGUCUGGAUCCGGACUCAACGCUCGAGAAUAAGUCUGUGCAGGCGUUGUCCGCGGCUCCAUCAUCACUUAAUAUCAUGGCAAUGGAGGACUCAUCAUCUGGUGGCUCCACGCUGUACCUGCACAUUGGUCUACACUCUGGUGUCUACCUGAGGACGGUCCUGGAUGAGAUCACGGGCGAGUUGACGGACACCCGCCAAAAGUUCCUGGGUCCGAAGCCAGUCAAACUGUUCCAAGUCUCCGUCCAGGGAUCGACCUGCGUAUUAGCCCUCAGUUCCAGGUCAUGGCUAGGCUACUCUGAUCCUCUGACCCGAAGCUUCAUGAUGACUCCUCUCGAUUAUGCCGAGUUGGAGUGGGGAUGGAACUUCAGCAGUGAGCAAUGUGUGGAGAGUAUGGUGGGCAUACAUGCCAACUAUCUGAGGAUUUUCUCGGUGGAGAAACUGAGCGAGAACAUGAUACAAAAGUCAAUUCCUCUUACUUACACGCCCAAGAAAUUGGUCAAGCACCCUGAACAGCCUUACUUCUACACAAUCGAAGCCGACAACAACACACUACCGCCAGAGCUAAGACAAAAGCUUCUUUCCGAUCCGGGAGUUGUUAAUGGCGACUCGACGGUCUUGCCGCCUGAAGACUUCGGCUAUCCGCGAGGAAGAGGACGGUGGGCGUCGUGCAUCAAUGUGGUGGAUCCGAUUUCAGAUGAAGCCGGCAUCGUGUCCAGCAUAGAACUUGAGGAUAACGAGGCAGCAGUGAGCGCUGCCGUCGUGCCAUUUGCCAGUCAGGAUGGCGAAAGCUUCCUCAUCGUUGGCACUGGCAAAGAUAUGGUGCUCAACCCGCGGAACUUUACCGAAGGCUACAUUCACGUUUAUCGGUUCCAGGAGAACGGGAGAGAGCUGGAAUUCAUCCACAAGACCAAGAUCGAGGAGCCACCAAUGGCUCUUCUGCCAUACCAAGGUCGACUACUCACAGGCAUCGGCAGGACAUUGCGGAUCUAUGAUUUGGGUCUGCGACAGAUGCUGAGGAAGGCGCAGGCAGAUGUCGCGCCAAACCUGAUCGUCUCGCUGGAGGCUCAAAACAACCGUAUCGUCGUCGGUGACGUGCAGCAGGGCAUCAUAUAUGUGGUGUUCAAGCCCGAGACCAACAAGCUUAUUCCGUUCGUUUCGGACACUAUCGCCCGUUGGGUGACGUCGACCACCAUGGUCGACUACGAGUCCACGGCCGGCAGCGAUAAGUUUGGCAACAUUUGGAUUGUGCGAUGCCCUGAGAAGGCCAGCCUCGAAGCCGACGAGCCUGGUUCCGAAGUUCAUCUUACUCACGCGCGGCCGUACCUCCACGCUCAACAGCACCGUAUCGACUUGAUGGCGCACUACUAUACGCAGGACCUGCCCACGAGUAUAUGCAAGACUAGUCUGGUAGUCGGCGGGCAGGAGAUUCUGCUAUGGGGCGGUAUCCAGGGAACCAUUGGAGUGUUGAUUCCCUUUGUGAGUCGAGAAGAUGUCGACUUUUUCCAGACUCUGGAGCAACACAUGCGGCAAGAAGACCCUCCCUUGGCUGGUCGUGAUCAUCUCAUGUACCGAAGUUACUAUGCGCCAGUCAAAGGUGUGAUUGAUGGUGAUCUCUGUGAGAGAUUUGCCUUGUUGCCAACCGACAAGAAGCAAAUGAUUGCAGGAGAGCUGGACCGUUCGGUUCGUGAGAUUGAGCGGAAGCUAUCGGAUAUUCGCACACGAUCGGCGUUCUAA